GCGACAGUCGCUUUCUGAGCCGCCGGUUUUCUCGCAUAGUUUGAGCUAUCAUGCCGGGCAACUGGUGAACGGGCAGUCACUCUCAGGAGCCUUCAACCGCCCGCUGUGCCGGGUACUGCGUGUGCAUUUUCUGCUGUGCAUUUUCUGGUCGGUACUUGGAGAGAGGAUAAAGGGAGAAGGAAAUGUCAGAGAAAAGAUCAGUGUCGGCUGGGCGGAGUGGCUCACGCCUGUAAUCCCAGCACUUUGGGAGGCCGAGGUGGGUGGAUCACGAGGUCAAGAUAUCUAGACCAUCCUGGUCAACAAGGUGAAACCCCGUCUCCACUAAAAAUACAAAAAUUAGCUGGGCAUGGUGGCGUGCUCCUGUAGUCCCAGCUACUCGGGAGGCUGAGGCAGGAGAAUUGCUUGAACCCAGGAGGCGAAGGUUGUGGUGAGCCAAGAUCGUGCCAUUGCACUCCAGCCUGGGUAACAGCGAAACUCCAUCUCAAAAAAAAAAAAAAAGUCAGUGUCACUGGGGCAAGCCAUGGCCUGAGCCCUGGCUCUAGCCUCCAGGUGAUACUGAGGCUAAAAGUGUUGUGCUCCUCAGGCCUCCUUGUUGACCCCAGUGAGUACUUCACACUGAAGCAGAACGAUGCCUGCCCAAAACACUAUCACUUUACUUCCAGUGAUUGGGAGGCCUGGGGAGCAGGCCCUGGGUCCUGCACAGUUCCAUGUAAGGCCCUGGCUUUGCAAACACCUACCCCAGUGCUCCUGUGUACACUCUGUGAAGGCAGACUGGGAGUCAGGGGAAGUGGAAACGGACACAGCCAUGGUCUUGCGAGGCCCCUGGUCAUCAGUGUGCCUCUCACAAAUGCUUCCAAGUCCUCCUCAAAGGGAAGGGACUAUUCAUCUGUUUGUCACACUGCUAUAAAGACAUUCCAGAGAAUGGGUACUGUGUAAGAAAAGAGGUUUAAUUGGCUCACCGUUAUGUGGGCUGUACAUGCAACUGCUUCUGAGGUGGCCUCAGGAACCUUACAAUCACGGAGGAAAGGCAAAGGGGAAGCAAGCUGUCUUACAUGGUGGGAGCAAGAGGAAGAGACAGAGGAGGAAGUCAUGUAUACUUUUAAACAAGCAGAUCUUGGGAUAACUCUAUCACAAGACAGCACUAAAGGGAUGGUGCUGAAUCAUCAGAAACCACCCCGAUGAUCGAAUUACCUUCCACCAGGCCCCACCUCCAACACCGGGAAUUACAAUUUGAGAUGAGAUUUGGUUAGGGACUCAAAUCCAAACCAUGUUAGGAAGAUUGCCCUGGAGGCCCAGAAAGGCCUGAAGUGUCAGACCCUGGUCCUCUGUGGGCCUGGUCAUCAGUGGUGUCUCAAGAAAACAUUUCUGAGUUCUCCUCUGGAGGAGGAGGCCCAGGCCCAGGCCAGUGAGGCCACCAAGGGAGAGUCCCAGGCCUGGCCAUGGCCCUUGCUUCAGACACUCUUUGAAGUAGGGACUAGCCCAUGACAGAUAUAGAGACCCCAGCAAUGUGUCCUAGGCUGUGGCUGCCAGCUAUGCCUUGAAGGUGGACACUAGCCUGAGCCAGCCACAGGACUAAAGACUGUGCUCAUGGGGCAGCCAUGGCCUCACAUGGGAUGUGGUCCUAGGAGGUACCCCCAAAACCAAGUUUCUAGAUCCCACUCCCAUGAUGGAGAGCCAGUGAGAACCAAGUGGUGGUCAGUCCUGCAUGGGCUUGGUCAUCCCAUGCAAGCCCCCAAAUAUGUUCAUGUCCCCCACCUGAAAAGGGUGCACUGUGGAAGUGCCUUGGCCCAAGAAGGGUCAGGGGUCGGUCCUGGCCAUCUGAUAUACUUGUGGAAAAUAUUUCUGUUCUGUGGGUAGCACUGAGCAAGAUGCUGUGAGAUGGUGCCCCAGGUCCAAACACAGUCCUAUGUGGGGUCUGGUCAUUGGGUGAGCCUCCUGAAAUUUUAUCUAAGUCUCCCUCUAGAAACAGAGACUGUCUUGGGAUGAAGAGGGAGAUCCAGUGAAAGCACCACCCUGGCUGUGUCCCAGACAUAGCUUAGUCACCAGCUGCUCCUAAAAUAUUUUUCCAUGUCUCUGGAAUGGAUGGCCAGUGAUUCCUGUGGGGGGUGUCGGUGUACUUGACACUGGUUUAGAAAAUAUUUCAAAGUCUACCUCUGGGCUGUGGUGCCUACCCCUGUGUUGGUGGGGACUAGCCAGCCUGAGAAGCCCCCUCAGGGUGCAGGCUCCAGGCUUGAUCCAUUUGGUCAAUGCCUCUCCCUGAUGAUUUCUAUUACUCUCUGGAGAUGGGGACAUCUUGGCAUGAACAGGAAGGCCCUGGGGAUGCCAAGACUAGUUACAUUGCUGCAUAGGACCUGGUUCCUUUCAGUGGCAGGACUGGCCCAUGCCACUGAAAGACCCAGCCUUGUGGGUCUGGUCAGGGCAUGAAUCUCCCUGAAACAUUUCCAAGUAGGCCCUUGGAGUGGGAGCAGUGGGCUGACUAGAGGAACCCAGGGGAACGCAUCUGGCCUCGAUCACACAGAGUCCCAGUACUUGGUAAACUAGACCAACAAAUCUGUAAGUAUCCAGGGGUCAGGACAAGCACAAUUUGGAUGGGCCAGAGGAGGGCCACUCAAUCUUGCCACAGGUCCUCAUGGGGCACAGAUGGAUGUGUAUCUUAAAAAUAUUUCUGUCUCUCUCUAGCAGACAGUUCCAUGGAGGGCCCUGGAGUUCUGUUGCAUGGUGAACCUCCAAGGGUUUUCUAACUCUCCCACUGCAGGGGAAGUGAAGCUAUCCAGGGGUCCCAAGGUGGGCCCAUGCAGCCCUUGCUGUUGAACAUGCCUUCAGAAAACGUUUCCAACUCACCUGCCAAGGUUGAUGGCAGCUGGAGCAACUCUUCACGCGCUGGGAGGAUUUCCAGGCCCACUGAGGUUUCUUGAGGGACUGGUCCCAACUUGGUACCUUUGUAGAAAAUGGGUAGCUGUAAAUGCAUUGAUUUAUUUCUGGGUUAUUUAUCCUGUGCCAUUGGUGUACAUGUCUUUUUUUUAAUGCCAAUACUAUGUUGUUUUGGAUACUAGAGCUUUAUAGUAUGUAUGUAUGUAUGUAUGUAUGUAUGUAUGUAUGUAUGUAUGUAUGUAUUUAUUUGAGAUGGAGCCUCACUCUGUCACCCAGGAGUGCAGUGAAAUAAUCUCGGCUCACUGCAGCCUCUGCCUCCUGAGUUCAAGUGAUUCUCCUGCCUCAGCCUCCCAAGCAGCUGGAGUUACAGGCAUGAGCCACCAUGCCUGGCUAAGUUUUGUAUUUUUAGUAGGGACAGGGUUUUUCCAUGUUGGCCAGGCUGGUCUCAAAUUCCUGACCUCAAGUGAUCUGCCUGCCUCAGCCUCCCAAAGUGCUGAGAUUACAGGCAUGACCCACAGUGCCUGGCCAUAUUUAUUAUUCAUUUUGUAUAUAUUUAAUGGGUACAAGUGCAGUUUUGUUUCAUGGAUAUAUUGCAUCGUAGUGAAGUUUGGGCUUUUUGUAUAUCCAUCACUUGAACAGUGUACAUUGUACCUAAUAGGUAAUUUUUCACCCCUCACUACACUCCCACCCUCCCACCUUUUGGAGUCUUCAGUGUCUAUUAUUCCACUCUCUGUGUCCAUAUGUACCCAUUGUUCAACUCCAACUUAUAAGUAAGAAUAUGUGGCAUUUGACUUUCUGCUUCUGAAUUAUUUCACUUAGGAUAAUAGGCUCAGGUUCCAUCCAUGUUGCUGGGAAAAUAUUAUGUCAUUCUUUUUAAUGGUUGAGUAGUAUUCCAUAGUCCACAUUUUCUGUAUCUAAUCAUUCAUUGAUGGACACUUAGGUUGAUUGAAUGACUUUGCUGUUGUGAAAAGUGAUAUGAUAAACAUGAGUGCAGGUGUCUGUCGUGGAAUGAUUUGUUUUCCUUUGGGGAGAUGCCUAGUACUGGAUUGCUCAAUCUAAUGGUAGUUCUGUUUUUAGCUCUUUGAGAAACCUACAUAACAUUUUCCAUAGAGGUGUACUAAUUUAUAUUUCCACCAACAGUCUAUGAGCAUUCCCUUUUGUCUAUAUCUUCACUAACCUCUUUUUUUUUUUUUUUUUACUUUUUAAUAGUAGCCAUUCUGACUGGUGUGAGAUGGUAUCUCCUUGUAGUUUUCAUUUGCAUUUCUCUGAUGAUUAGUGGUGUUGAGCAUUUUUUCAUGUUUGUUGGCAGUUUGAAAAAUUUCUGUUCAUGUUGUUUGCUGACUUUUAAAUGGGAUUAUUUUUUCUUGUUGCGUUCCUUGUAGAUUCUGAAUAUUAGUCCUUUGUCAGGUGCAUAGUUUGCAAAUAUUUUCUCCCACUCUGGUUGUCUAUUUGCUCCGUUGAAGGCUCACGCCUGUAAUCCCAGCAUUUUGGGAGGCCAAGUUGGGCAGAUAACAAGGUCUAGAGAUAAAGACUAUCUUGACCAACCAAAAAUAAAAUGAGACUAAAAAAACAUUUUACAAAGACAGCAGAAGAAGUAAAUACUUAGGAGUAAAUUUAACAAAUGUGCAAAAGUUAUAAUCUAAGAACUCUAAAAUAUUGCUGAAAUAAAUUUAAGAACACUGAAAUCAAUGAGAAGAUAUCUAAUAUUCAUGGAUUGGACAAUAACCCUCCACAUUUGACCUACAGCUUCAAUUAAGUCUCUAGCAAUCCCAGGUGACUUAUUUAUAAAACCUUGUCUCUACUCAAAGUACACAAAUUACCUGGGUGUGGUGAUAUGGGCAUGUAGUUGCAGCUACUGGGGAGGCUGAGGCAGGAGACUUGUUUGAACCCAGGAGGUGGAGGCUGCAGUGAGCCUAGAUUGUGCCAUUGCACUCCAGCUUGGUGAUAGAGUGAGACUCCUUCUAAAAAGGAAUGAAGGAAGGAAGGAGAGAGGGAGGGAGGGAAGGAAAGAAAGAAAGAGAAAGGAAAGAAAGACAAAGAAACGGAGGGAGGGAGAGAAAGAAAAAAAGAAAAGGAAGGCACUGUGGUAGUUUCUCAUAAGAUUGGACAUACAUUCACCAUAGGUCUCUAAAAUUAAGGUAUAUUUAUGCUAAUUUGUAUAUGAAUGUUAGUAGAGCAGGAUUAUUCACAAUAUGAAGGUUUCCAACAACUGGUGUGGAGGUGUGCCAAGGUCAAUGAUGAUACCCUUGAAGUGGAUUUACAUCAUAUAUUCACUUAACAUAUAUUUAAUAAUUGAUGCAAAUCUAUAUAUUCUAGAGUAAAACCACCUUGAGUUCAAAUUGCCUAUUAAACAAGAGUAUGUACAAUAGUCAUAUAUGAUAUGGGCUUUGGUAAGAGACUGUCUGGAGAUAAAAAGUUGGGACUCAUCAUACCAUUCAAAAAUGCAUUGUACAGGAAGAGAUAACCAGGAGAUUGAGAUUAAAUGCAUCAGGAAUAAUUCAAGUAAGAGACAGACUAAGAAAUAAAUGUGGGGAGGACUCAAGAUGGCGCUGUGAGAACAACCCAGGAUUGAAGCUCUCGCUGGACGCACGGAGAGGAUAAAGUGAAUUAUAUGGAAUCUCGUUCUCUUCUUUUUGGAUUGUAUACUGAAUUCUGCUGGAUUCACUGACAAGAGUUUGAAUUAGCGGAACCCUGAGAAUGGAGACACCUUUAGAAGAGACUGAUGAAGAAGGUACAGGAGGAGUUUUAUCUUCAGAAGUAGAAAUUAACCUUGGCCGCAGAUCCCAUCCAAGCUUUCCUUUUAGUGUUUUCUUGUCAACUCUUCUCUACUCUACUGAAGUGGCCUUCGCUUUGUAUAUGUUUUUUAUUUAUCAGAAAGGUAAUGACAUAUACUGGACGUCAUUUACCAUCAGCUUUAUUAUUAUGGGGGCAAUUUUUGAUCAAAUUACCCUGCUCUUUUUCAACAAAGACUCGAGGAAUAAGGUUGUGUUACUUUUUUGGCAUAUUCUUCUUUUAGGACCUAUAGUGAGGUGUUUGCAGACCACUGUAUAUUACCACAAAUUAUUGAAAUAUCUUACACUGGAGGUGGAAGAGAGUCGAGUUAGCAACCCAGCAAGAAACAAGAUACUGGAAAGGAAGAUUGUUAACUCAACCCGGUAUAUUUUAAGGCAGGACAAUGCAUUUAAAUGCAUGACAGUGGUUCAGGCUUUUGUUUCUUCUUUUCCACAAUUAAUUUUUCAGAUAUAUGUCACUCUCACUAUAAAAGAAUUGCCUUGGAAUAGAGCCUUGCUGAUGACAUGUUGCCUGUUAUCAGCUGUUUAUGGGGCAAUUCUCUGCAGUAUACUGGCCAUCCAAAUCAGCAACGAUGGUACUACCAUUAAGCUACCACCAAUGGAACUCUUCUAUGUGAUAAUAUGGCGUUUCUUAGAAAUUAUCUCACGUGCAGUGGCUCUGGCGUUAUUCGCUGCAUCUCUGAAGCUGAAGAGCCUACCCUUUCUAUUGGUCAUAUAUUUUGUAUCAGUGUUGGCACCGUGGCUGGAGUUUUGGAAAAAUGGAGCUCAUCUUCCUAGCAGCACAGAAAAUAAUUCCAGUGUAGUGGGUACAGUACUGGUGCUUAUCAUCAUCACAUUACUAUAUGCUGCCAUCAAUUUCUCCUGCUGGGCAGCAGUGAAACUGCAGUUGUCGAAUGAGAAAAUAUUUGACAGGAGAGAGAGGUGGAGCCAUAGAAUUGUACACUACAGCUUUCAGUUUUUAGAAAAUGUGAUAAUGAUGUUCGUGUUUAUGUUCUAUAGAGGGGAGAUUUUACUGAAUUGUUGUUACACAUUAGUUGCCAUACACAUCAUCAUAAUCUACUUAUUAGGCUUUUCCUUUAUGUGUCUCUUCUAUCACUAUUUUUACCCAAGGAAGUCAGACAAAAUAUUGUAAAGACGUACUAAAAAUUAGCCAGAGUCACUGUGAUAUUAUGUAAACAUCUAAAGAAAACUCAAAAGAAUAAAAAUAAGCAGCUAAGGAAUCAUUCAUGGAAUAGAUUUAAGUAAUUUUCAUUCAACAAAGUAUGAAAUAUUCACAAAAUAUACAUAUGUACUUUCACAGAACAGUGAGUAAAGAUGUUAAAUAUGUGACUUUUUAAAGAUACUCUUCCAUUAAAAAAAAUUAUAAACAGCUAGAUCUUGGGAGUUUUCAAUAAAAUUGAUUUUUCUCCUGUGACUGUAUUACUAAUUUUUGUUUCCUUCCUUCUUUUCUUCCUUCCUCCCUCCCUCUUCCCCUCUUUCUCUCUUUCUUUCUUUUCUUUUUGUGUUGUAUUCUUAUCCUAUCACCCAGUACUGAAUGUAGUGGCAUGAUCUUGGAUCACUGCAACCUCCACCUCCCAGAUUCAAGUGAUUCUCUUGCCUCAGACUCCCAAGUAGGUGAGACUAUGUCACCUGCCAAUACACACGGCAAUUUUUUUUUUUUUUUUUUUUACUAGAGACAGGGUUUCACUAUCUUGGCCAGGCAGUCAGGUCACUUGAGAUCAGGAGUUCAAGAUUAGCCUGGCCAAUACAGUGAAACACUGUCUCUACUAAAAAUACAAGAACUAGUCAGGUUUGGUGGCACACACCUAUAUGUGUCCCAGCUACUUGACAGGUUGAAGCAGGAGAAUCAUCUAAACCCAGACUGCAGAUGUUGCAAUGAGCUGAUAUUGCACCACUGCAUUCCCAUCUGGGUGACAAGAGCAAAACCAUAUCUCAAAAAAAAAAAAAAAAAAUUAAAGAUGGCAAAAUAGCAACAGUCCCAGUUUGCAGUUGACAGAGAGUGCCAGAAGAUGAAUGAUCUCCACAUUUCCAACUGAGAAAUCAGACAUUGGGACUGGUGAGACAGUGGAAACAGCCCAAGGUGGGCAAGCUGAAGCAGAGUGGGGCACAGCCUCAGCUGGGAGGCACAUGGGGCUAGAGAACUGUCUCUCCCAGCCAAGGAAAGCCACUGGAAAUUUUUCUGGACACUCUGGUACUCCGGCUCAGAUACCAUGCUUUUACCACAGGCUACACAACCCGCAGACCAGGAGAUUCCCUCUGGCACCUACAAUGCCAGUGACCUGGGUAUCCAGCACAAAACUCAGUGGUUGUUUUAGUCGAGUGAUACCUGGAACACUGGUGAGACAGAACUUCUCAUUCUCCUUGAAAAGGGCUGAAGCCAGAGAGCCAAGUGAGCUGGCUUGGUGGGUCCCACCCCCACGAAGACUGGCAAGCUAACAUCCACUGGCUUUAAAUGCUGACAUCCAGCACAGCAGUGCGAGAUCAACCUGGGAUGUUAGAGCUUGGUGGGGGGAGGGUUGCCUGCCAUUGCUAAUUCUCUGGUAGGUGGUUUCAACAUCACCUGUGCAAACAGAGCUGCCAGGAAGUUUACACAGUGGCUGGGUGGAACCAAGCAGGGCAGCUCAGCAAGGCCUCUGCAGGUAGACUGUCAAGUAGAUUCCCUUCUUGCUGGACAAGGUAUCUCAAAUAAAAAGACAGCAGCCCUUGAGGGUCUUACAAAGCCCCCACCAUCCUGGACAGAGCACCUGGGAAAAGGGGUGGUCAUGGGUUUCCCUUCAGCAACUGUAAAUGUCCCAGCCCAGCAUCCCUGAAGGGAGUAACAGAUCCCCUCAUACAGUGCUUGAGCUUCAUUAAGGGAUAGACUGCUUCCUCAAGUGGCUCUGGGAACCUCUCUGUAUCCUAACUGGGAGACGUCAUACAAGAUUGCUCUGGCUGACAAAUGGCAGGUACCCUUUUAAGAUGAAGCUACAAGAAGAAACAACAGGCAGCAAUCUUUGCUGUUUUGCAGCACCUGUGGGUGAUUCCCAGGCAAGAAGGGUAGGAGUGGACCUCCAGCAAACUCCAGCAAACCUGCAACAGAGGGGCCUGACUAUUAGAAGUAAAACUAGCACACAGAAACAAACAGCUUCAACAUUGACAAAAGGGACAUUCACUCAGAAACCCCAUUCAAAAGUCACCAAUUUCAAAGACCAAAGGCAGAUAAAGAUGGAAAGAAACCAGCACAAAAAGGCUAAAAUUACCAGAAGCCAGAAAGCCUCUUCUCCUCCAAGGAAUUACAACACUUGUCAGCAAGGAACCAAAACUGGAAGAAUGAGGGUGACUAACUGACAGAGCAGUCUUCAGAAGUAGGUAAUAACAAACUUCUCUGAGCUAAAGGAGCAUUUUCUAACCCAAUGCAAGGCAAUGAAGAAUGUUGAAAAAAGGCUAAACAAAAUGCUAAUGAGAAUAACCAGCAUGGAAAAAAACAUAAACAAUUUGGUGGAGCUGAAAUAUACAGCAUCAGAACUUCAUGAAGCAUACAAAAGUUUCAAUAACUGAAUUAAUCCAGCCAGAGAAAGAAUAUGAGAGAUUGAAGAUCAACUCAAUGAAAUAAAAUGAGAAGGCAAAAUUAGAGAAAAAAGAGUUAAAUGAACAAGGCCUCCAAGAAAUAUGGGAUUGUAUGAAAAGACAAAAUCUAUGUUUGAUCAGUGUUCCCGAACAUGACGGGGAGAAUGAAACCAAGUUGGAAAAUACUCUUCAGGAUAUUAUCCAGGAUAACAUUCCCAACCUAGCAAGUCAGGCCAACAUUCGAAUACAGGAAAUACAGAGAACACCACAAAUGUAUUCCUUGAGAAGAGCAACCACAAGGCACAAUAUCAUCGGAUUCACCAGGGUUGAAAUGAAGAAAAAAAUCAUAAGGGCAGCCAGAGAGAAAGGUUGGAUUACCCACCAAGGGAAGCCCAUCAGUCUCCCUGCAAAUCUCACGGCCAAAACCCUAGAAGCCAGAAGAGAGUGGGUGCCAAUAUUCAAUGCCCUAAAAUAAAAGAAUUUUUAUCCCAGAAUUUCAUAUCCAGCCAUACUAAGCUUCAUAAGUGAAGGAGAAAUAACAGUCUCUACACACAAGCAACUGCUGAAAGUUUUUGCCACCACCUAGCUUACCCUACAACCACUCCUGAAGGAAGCACUAAACAGUGAAAGAAACAAGUACAAGCCACUGCAAAAACAUAACAAAUGGUAAACACCAACGAUGCAAUGAAGAAACUGCAUCAACUAACAGAAAAAAUAACCAGCUAGUAUCAAAAUGGCAGAAUUAAAUUCAUACAGCACAAUAUUAACCUUAAAUGUAAAUGGGCUAAAUACCCCAAUCAAAAGACACAGACUGACAAAUUGGAUAAAAAGUUAAGACUCACUGGUGUCCUGUAUUCAGGAGACCCAUCUCACAUACAAAGGUAUAGAUAAAGGGUUGGGGGAGUAUUUAUCAAGCAAAUAAAGAACAAAAAAGCAGGGGUUGCAAUCCUAGUCUCUGACAAAAUGAACUUUAAGCCAACAAAGAUCAAAAUAAACAAAGAAUGACAUUACAUAAUGGUAAAGGUAUUAAUGCAACAAGAAGAGCUAACUAUACUAAAUAUUUAUGCACCCAAUACAGGAGCACCCAGAUACAUAAAGCAAGUUCUUAAUGACCUGCAAAGAGACUUAGACUUCCACAUAAUAAUAGUGGGAGAUUUCAACACCCCACUGUCAAUACUAGGCAGAGCACCAUGACAGAAAGUUAACAAGGAUAUCCAGGACUUCAACUCAGAUCUGGACCAAGCAGACUUAAUAGACAUCUACAGAACUCUCCACCCCAAAACCACAGAAUAUACAUUCUUCUCAGCACCACAUCACACUUAUUCCAAAGCUGACCACAUAACUGGAAAUAAAACACUCCUCAGCAAAUGCAUAAACAAACAAAACAAACCAGAAACCAUAACAGAUAGUCUCUCAGCUCACAGUGCAAUCAAAUCAGAAUUCAGGAUUAAGAAACUCACUCAAAACUGAACAUCUACAUGGAAACUAAAUACCCUGCUCCUGAAUGCAUACUGGAAAAAUAACAAAAUGAAGGCAGAAAUAAAGAUGUUCUUCAAAACCAAUGAAAACAUAGACACAAUGUACCAGAAUCUCUGGGACAAAUUUAAAGCACUGUCUAGAGGGAAAUUUAUAGCACUAAGUUCUCCUGAGAGAAGUGAGGAGAGAUGUAAAAUUGACAUUCUAACAUCACGAUUAAAAAAAAAAAACUAGGGGAGCAAGAUCAAACAAAUUCAAAAGCUAGCAGAAGGCAAGAAAUAACUGAGAUCAAAGUAGAACUUAAGGAGAUAGGAACAAAAAAAGUUCAAAAUAUCAUUGAAUCCAGGCUGUGGAUUUCUGAAAAGAUAAAAAAUAAAAUAAAAAAAUAGACCACUAGCCAAACUAAUAAAAAAGAAAAGAGAGAAGAUCCAAAUAGUUGCAAUGAAAAGUGUUAAAAGGGAUAUCACCACCAAUUCCGCAGAAAUACAUUUUCCUGAAAAGCUACAGCAUGGCACAGCUCGUCACUGAACGACACUGUCACUGGCUCUUAGGAAGUCCUGUCCUCAUUCAGAUUGCUUUAUUUCUGAGGCCAAUCACAUCAUCACACAUCUGCUACUAGCAUUUGGGCCCUGACACAAGAGUGUGCAUGAAUACAGGUGAUUGUGCUUCAAAAAAGAGGGAGAAGGAGGCCUGACUCUCCCUGCCUCUCAGGGUGCAUUGUGUCUGGGGCUGGUAGGGUUGCCCCUCAUUCUGUGAUGUCACGGUGCCCAAACACAUGCACCGAGGAGUCAUCACAGACAGCCCAACCCACAGCCCAUGAGGGUCCCUCAGUGCUGCCUCUGACCUCUCUGUGGCAAGCCAAAUGGCCACGGGAAGACCCCAUGCAGUGUUAGAACAAUGCCGCUGAGGGCAGGGAUUUUAGAUCAGACGGUCGUGGAUUCUACCUGUGCAAUGGACUCUACUACUUUCUAGCUAUCCCGCUACCCAUCAGUUACAUUAACAGUCCACGUUUCAACUUCCCCAUU